CAACCCAUUGCACCUGCUUGGCUAGACAUUCUCCUGUCUGUGUAUGUAUGUAAAUCGCGUUUUCCAUUCUGAGAAGUGAUAAUUGUCCAUAUCACUUGCAUAUGGUCGAUCAAUAAAAUUUUGUAAAUACCAUGAGCCCCAUAUAAAUGAAUUUGUAGAGUGUAGUGCAUAAUUUCCGUGCUGCGAAUGCAACUGGUGCUGUUUUCUGACCGAAGACAGUUGACAUUGUACUGCUCACCAAGAGCUGUUCCUCCAUUUUAGUGGAUUUGCUGUUGAACAAAUUGUUGCUGGAAAAAUGAUGCAGUUUAUGCUACUGUUCAGCCGGCAGGGGAAACUACGACUGCAGAAGUGGUACGUCGCCCAUCCGGACAAGCUCAAGAAGAAAAUUACCCGAGAAUUGAUCACGACGAUUUUAGCUAGAAAGCCAAAAAUGUCAAGUUUUCUUGAGUGGAAGGAUGUUAAAGUCGUUUAUAAGAGAUAUGCUAGCUUGUAUUUUUGCUGUGCCAUUGAACAAAAUGACAAUGAACUACUCACACUUGAGAUCAUCCACAGAUACGUUGAGUUACUGGAUAAAUAUUUUGGGAGUGUCUGCGAACUGGAUAUAAUUUUCAACUUUGAGAAAGCUUACUUCAUCUUGGACGAGUUACUGGUAGGUGGAGAGAUACAAGAGACUAGCAAGAAGAAUGUAUUGAAGGCCAUUGCUGCGCAGGAUUUACUCCAGGAGGAGGAAACACCACAGGGAUUUUUCGAGGAUCACGGACUGGGAUAAUCGAGAGAAUGGAUUUAUGAUCUCUGAUCUUCACGAUGUUCACUCGAAUGUCACGUGAAGACGACACACUUAACUAGACUUUUUUUUCUCAUCCUGUUGAGGUCUUGAUCCUUUUGAAUUUCAACAUUCCACUCAUUCCACUGCACUGAGAGGAAAUAUCCUAGCAUUUAGUCUUUUCCCAGCGACAAACUCGAUUUUAUUUAAUUCAAUUUUCACUUCAUUCCGAUCUUUUGAAUUUUGCAGGAUUUUUUUCAUCGUUUUUAUCGUUCAAAAUUAUUUUUAUUGAAUGCUAGGAUUUUUUCCUCACCCAAAUUUUAAUUUCACCCCUUUACACGAGUCUGAUAUGAGCAAUUUAUUCUGCUCAAAACCUGUUUUUUAUAAUACACUGACGUAUCACUGACAAUUUGUAAUUUGUUAAUCCCGGGUGGACAAUUGAAUUAUUCAAGAUUUAAUAUUUAAAAAUCUGUGGUGAAGUGAUUAAGCGAGAUCUGUUAACUCCUCUCCAACUGUAUUUCCUGUCGAAUGUAUAAAAAAUUACGAGUAACGACAAAAUUUUUGUGAGAGCCUUUUUUGCAGUAAAAAAUAAAUUCAACAAAAAAGUUUCUAUGAAAAUUUUUCCAUCGCCUCUAGACUUCGAGAUACUCAUCAAAAACCGAGGCUGGAGAUGAGCUAACUUGCCUCGUUUUACCUCUACACCGCAGAAAUAAUAAUCACGUGCUAAAAAAAAACUUCAUAAAGGUGCAAAGUUGUUCAUUUUUCCCUUUAUUUAUACUGUGUUAAGGUGUAACAAAAAAAAACGACAAAAAUAGGUCAUGCUUUAUGCUCCGUCCACACUACGAUGUAUAUGAAUAAUUAAUUAAUAAAGUUGGUUACAUUAAAAGCGUCAA